UCAAGAAGAAUUUCCCGGCGAUCGGCCGGUAAUGCACUCUGUAACUCGGCUUAUAACUUUGGAGUGGAAAAACAUGUGAUUAAAACAUCUCGAAAGCGCACUUCUCCACUCGUAUUACGGAACGAUAAGCACACUGUGGCCACUCCGCAAGAUGAGGUUCCUAUCGCUGACAUCGUUGUGCGGCGUCGCUUUUCUGUGCUAUAUUUUGCAUUCCACGUAUACACUCGUUUCGCUGUUUCGGGCCCCACAGUGUACACCGGGCACCGGAUCGCCCUGCUAUCGGUCGCAGCUGACCAAGGGCAAGUACUUGCAGCUUUCGCUGUACACAUCGCCGUCGGCAAAUCCUCCAAACGGCGCCAAGGUAGCUAAACUUGGCACCGUCAACCCCUUCGAUCCAUUCGUGGAACUCGAGAGAUCAUACACUUUUGCGCUGCCGAAGGAAACGCGUUCCAACGGGACACUGUAUAUGUUUGCCGUCUUGACGAAAGGGGCAAAGUCGCUUGAAUGGGACGCGGUUCGAAGUCAGAGCACUUCGGUGAUCAAGAAAUUUACCCUCACGCAUUACAUGGUACCGAGGACGGCGACAAUCAAUCUGCUGAACGAUAAGGUUGGUAGCAAAAAGCCGAACAGGCUCGCGAACCAGAAACGCAUCGCUCACAUUCGGCAGAAUGUGUUUCUGCACAUCAUCACGGAGGAUUUCUCUGUUUCGGCGCGAGACAUGCCAGCCGAACUGGCACGCGAUGUCCGGAUUACACCGGACAACCUGGUGAUGCCGAUCAUACGGAGCGAUUUCUCGAAGGAAAAGCUGGCCGACCUGGUGGAGAUUGAUCCGGCGACGAAGGAGGCAACCAUUACGAUCCACUACGCACCGUGCUCGGCCGGAAAGAUUAAAAUGUUGGCACAAAUCGAGCGCGCCAUGUCGGACCUGAUGGCGCUGGGUUUCAGCGAAAAAGACAUAGACGAGGUAAAGUCCAUUUUUUCCGACACCAACGUGUAUCUGCUCUGCGGCACGAUCGUCAUUAGCAGUGUGCAUCUGCUGAUUGAUUUCCUGUCGUUUAAAAAUGAUAUUCUGUUCUGGAAGCGUAAACGCCACUAUGCGGGGCUAUCGCUUCGGAGCACGCUCUGGCGUACGUUUAGCCACGUGAUCAUUUUCCUGUACCUAUUGGAUGAAGAAACGUCCCUCCUUAUCCUCACACCGACCGGCAUCGGCACCUUGAUUGAGCUGUGGAAGGCCAAAAAGAUCCUAAAGCUCGAAGUUAGCCUGCGAGGUGGCAUUCGCGUUCGAUCGGGCUACGAUGGCAACGAUGUGCCGAACUCGAUCAAAACGGAAGAACGCAACACGCUUGAGUUGGACAAGGAAGCGAUGCAGUACCUGAGCUACGUUCUGUAUCCACUGUGCGUUGCGGGAGCCAUUUAUUCGCUUCUGUAUCUUCCCCAUAAGAGUUGGUACUCGUGGACCAUCAGUUCCAUGGCGAACGGCGUUUACGCGUUCGGAUUCCUAUUUAUGCUGCCGCAGCUCUUUAUCAACUACAAACUGAAGUCCGUCGCCGCACUGCCGUGGCGUGUUUUCAUGUACAAAGCGUUCAAUACAUUCAUCGACGAUGUGUUCGCGUUCAUCAUCACAAUGCCAACGGCCCACCGGUUCGCCUGCUUCCGGGACGAUAUCGUGUUUCUGGUCUAUCUCUACCAGCGCUGGUUGUAUCCGGUGGAUAAGACGCGCAUCGAUGAAGACGAGCGAGUGCCUCUGCUCGACAAAGAUCAAGACGCGGCCAGUAAAGAGAAGCAAAAGCGCGACAAGAUUGGGAACAGUGAUAGCAAAAAAGAUAAUUAAACCUACGAGUGUAGCAUUUAUCACGUUUUACACUUUCUGCAAUACUACGCGUUAGGGAAUCUAAGAAUAUGAUCCGUUGUGAUGCGUAAUGCACGGGAUAGGACAGUUAAAGUUCCUUCAACCUUCAAGUUUCACCGAUGGCAUUGUUUGUACACUGCCGGGGAAGAAAGAAAAACUGCACAAGACAAUAAUCGCUGGAAUUUUUUAUGUCUUUCGAUUUUUCUGGCAAUGCAAAGUCCUUUUGGCAGUAUUUUGUUAAACAUACAUUCCAUCCCAAUUCGUUUUCCCUGAAAAGGUCUCACUAACGAGUUGGUUAACAUGCUUCAGUUACAGAACCGUCCAUAUGCUAUGUUUCCUCCUCAAUAAAUACU